AUGGCGAAAAGUCCCACGACUGGGAAAGGCUUGAAGGGGGUAAUUCGCAAGCGAAAAUUGGCGAAAAGAAACUCAAAUAAUUCAUCCGUUAAGACUGAUGCAGAAUUGGAAAUUGAAGUGGCAAGGGUGAGAAGUGCCUGUAGCCACAAGAUAGAAGAGGCCUUGCGGACUAGAAUUACGGAUGCUCAGAAGAGGCUAAUAUUGAAAAAAGAAAAUGAAGGUUCGCUUGGUGGGGUAAGCUACGACAUUACUGGAAUCGCAACAGCAUACGAACGAGAAUUAUACUCAAAGCACAAUCGAGAUCUAAAAAACUAUAGAACAACCUUUAGGAAGAAUUUAAUAGCAAUCAAAAAUCAAGAUAUAGCCUUCAUACUGGAUUUAUUGAACGGUCGAAUAUGCAUUAAAAGUUUUGUGAAUUACUCAGUCGAAGAUUUGCUUUCUGUUAAGCAAAAGUCGAUUCACAAGAAACUAAAUCAAGAAAAUCUAAAACAUGCUAUAUCCAAAAGGAUUCUACCAGAGACUAUAAACGAAAUAAAAAGCUCCUUUGUAGUGGAAAAAUGGGGUGUUUCGAAGUCAGCCAGUGCUAUUGAAGACUAA